AUGUUCAACAGAUUAGGUCUAUUGCAGAGGGCCGUUGGUGUGCAGCCAGCUAGGAUCCAAACCAGCUUAUUGAGAUCCGUAAAACAGUUCCAUACCACCAAAUAUUUGCAAAAUGGUAACGUUUUUGGGGAAUUGACAAAAGGUAAAGAGUCAGACGAAGCCGAAAUCGAGAAGCAAAACAACAUAGAUGCAAGCCAGAUUACACCAGCAACAGAUAGCACUUUACAAGAAUACUACCUCGAAGAAGCCAAGAAGUCGCAACUCACAAGCGACAAGUACAUAACACCAUUAAAGCGAAAAUUAUUUCAGUUGAACGUGCAACAGAAUGGAUUCUUCAUGAAUAACGAGAUUUUCAAGGACCCAGAAACCGGAAAGGUCUACAAAUUAGCAUUAACCGAAGAAGAAAUCGACAUUUUGGAACCAUCUAUCUACUUGCAGAGUUACAGAAUCAAGUCGUCGAUGAAGAAGGCCACGCAGGUCAAUAGGUUUGUCAGAGGCUACAAGGUGAAGAACGCUAUCAACCAAUUACAUUUCAACCCUAAGAAGAUGUCCACUGAGUUGGAGAAGUUGUUAAAAAAGGGAUUGGAACAGGCCCGUGAAUCGAACUACAACGAAGACGAAUUGUAUAUCCAGGCCUUGUGGGUUGGUUCCGAUGGAAGCUGGCGUAAAAGGUUGGACGCUAAGGGUAGAGGAAGAACCGGUAUCAUCGAGCAUCCUCAUAUCCAUCUCAAGGCCAUCUUGAGAACCGACCAAACAGCCAACAGAUUGAAAUGGGAAAAACACCAAAAGCAAUUGAAUCAAAAACCAAGAAUGUUCUUAAAUAACGAACCCUUAAAUUUCCGAGUUCACCCAUUUUAUAGAUGGUAA